GAAAAAUAAAAAAAUAAAAAAUAAAGUCUGAAAAAUUAGAUCAUGUUGUUCGUUCCUUCUUCCUUGACCCAAAAUUGAACCACCGCAUGGAGGACUCACCGUCACCGUCGACAUCGACAUCGAGACAGAGCAAGAAGGCGGAACUUUCGAAUGACGCUAACGUCACCGGGAACGGUGGAAGUUUCGGUUCGGUGAACGAGGACCUUCUCCAGAACAUUCUGGCGAGGCUCCCGGCUCGUUGGUUCGCUUCCGCUGCUUGCGUCAGCAAAUCAUGGAGCUCUGUCUGCAAUCGAAUCCUUACUCGUCCAAAGCUCUCUUCUGCUCUUUCUCUCAAUCCUUCACUUUCCGAAGCUGUAGAUGAUGUUCUUCAGAAGGUUCUGUGUGAGCCGAUUCGGCCUCAUUUUGCCAUUGUCAAUGUUGGAAGUGGAUUUGACUUGGAGAAGAUAAUGCAUCUUAUAAGAAAGACCCUGGGAUGCAACAUUCCGAUUAUUGUUACCGUGUCAAAUGGUAUUAUAGGAAGGGAUGCACUCACUAGUGAAUUUAAAGAGGUCAAAUGGGGAGCCCUUUUUAGUGGUUUUGAGGGUGAAUCUUACGCAAGAAAUGUAAAUGAAGGCAUAUUAUUGACAGUUGGCUACCUUCCAGGAUUAAAGGUUGAAGCUAUACCAUUACGGCAUCCAACCCGGAUAUAUUCAUCAGUGUGUGUUGACGAUUUUAUAAAGGAUAUCAAGGAAUAUUCAGCCUCUGUCUCCAACUGCCCAUUUCCAGUUGGGAUUAUAUUAUUUGGAAAAGCAAAUGGUGACAUGAAUCCAGUUAUGGAGAAGCUAGAUUGUGCCAUGCCAAGAGACACUGUUAUUGUAGGUGAUGAGAGGGGCUGCUUUAUAUACAGAAGUGGAAAUGCUAAAAGGAAUACAAUUGGGUCCUUAGAUGCUAUUGCUCUUGUAUUUGCUCAGGAUAGAGACAGGUCUUCAGGAAAUAUUAAAUUUCAUGUUGCAUUGUCAAAUGGUGUUUCACCUGUGGGUACAACAUACAAGGCAGCUUCAGUCAGAACAAGCAACACUGAUUGUUCAACAUGGUUAACUGCCAAGAGGGAAGGGCAACAACAACUUCUUGAUGGUCAAAGUAUUCUGGAUGACAUUAACAAUUUGCUGGAAAAUCAUAUUGCAUCACCUGAUUUGUACAUUGGGGUGAUUAAAAACAGAAAAGUCUCGAUAGAAGGAGGGAAGCCAACACCAAGAUCUUGUAUUGCAUAUCAUGGAGUUGUGGGAGGUGAUGAAGAGUACCUCUACGUUGAUGGAACUGGCAUGAAAACAGGAGAUAUCUUCCAAUUCUACUAUUCUGAUCCUAAUGCCGCACAAGCUUCAGUUACUAAGGUCCAUGAUGCUCUGAAGAAUAUUAAGCUCAAGGGUGAAGGAAACAAUAGUUGUGUUUUUGGGGGCCUUGUGUUUGCUUGUUAUGGCCGCGGCGAAUCAUUCUUUGGAUGUCACAAUGUGGAUAGCUCCCCGCUCUUAGAGUGUUUUCCAGGGCUACCAGUGGCCGGAGUAUUUUGUGGCGGAGAAAUCGUGCGUCCUUUUACUACUAUGAUUAGUCGAGAAGGAAGCCAUGUUAACUGCUGUCUGCAUGUUUACAGCUCUGUAUAUUUGGUAAUGUCAUAUACCCCUCCAUCUAUGGGAUGUUAGAUUUUUCUCAGGUCUUUGUCUCAUGAGAUGUACAUUGCUAAAUUGAAUAUGAUGGUUUGUUUCCUCUUUGCUAUAAAAAUUGAUAAAACUAUCUUAUGGUGUAUUUAAUAAUAAUGUUGCUUUGGAUGCUCA